CUGGGUUGGAACUUUCACCGAUACGAUGGCCACCGAGACCGCGGACGCGUUCGAGGGCGCCGGCAACAGCAACACGUCCGGCGUCUUCACGCCGACGCCGGACUGCGUCGCCUCAGAGCAUCUCUCGGGCGCGCCUCUUCAGCCCAACAACGUGUACUGGUCCAUGGAUGGCAAGCUCGCGGUCGUUGUCCACGACGGUAUUAUGAUCUCGACCUUUGUCAACAAGGACCUCUGCCGCUACCUGCUGCAGCCGCCGUUUGUCUCGCGGACCAACAUUGCGCUCGCCAAGCGGCUAUCGAACACGCGGUAUCCACUGCCGCCGCCUGUGUUUUCAGAGGCGACGCCCACUGCCGUCGAGGCGCCGGGCACCGUCAUGUACCGCAUCAUGAACUCGUUCGACGCUGUCACGAGCGCCAACCCACGCGAGCUUUCGAUGGCCAAGCCCGAAGUUGACGUCUUCCUCCAAGCGUCGUGGGGCCCGCGCGGCUCGGCGCCCAAUGCAGCAUGUGCCCUUCUGGCCUUGACGACGGCCAAUCGCAUCUUGCUGCACUUUCCAUCGUCGUUAAACUUGAACUGGGAAUGCUGCGCCGUGCUCUCGGACAUAGUGGCCGCGCACAUGGCCAAAGUCAUGCCCUCCUACGGCCCGCUGCCCGACGAUCCUUCCAUUCUCGUGCCGCUGCCACGCGCCCUUAAGCGGCGCAAAGCCGACCUCUCGUACGCAGAGCGGUGCGACUUUAUGGCAACAACGUGUCUGGCAUGGUCGUCGACGUCGCUCCUUGCAAUCUGCGGUCGCCGGCUCACAACGAUCUGGCACUUUGAUCUCCUCCGGUCCGGCUACCUCGAGAAGACGCCCCGGGUCGAGGUGGAUACGGGCGCUCAUGGCUGGUCGACGAGCGCUUCGUGGUCCACCGAUUGCGAGACGCUAUACGUUGGCACUGCCAGCAGCAAGAUCUUGGCCAUAGCGGUGGCCGACGGGUCGCUUCGUCGCAUCUGGACAGCGCCGCGGCUUACACCAAUGGCGAGUAUCGCUGUUGGCGCAAACCAUGUAUUUGGCGCUUUCGGUGGUAUGCUUUCUGCGUGGGCCAUAGAUGGCGACAACGACCAAGUACCCAUCGUGUGGCCGGCCCACAACGGGACCAUCUCGGUCAUCGCCGUACAAGGCUGCGACAACACGCUCUUCUCGUGCGCAACUGACGGCGCUGUCAAGGCUUGGCAUGCCGAUGGUUCCCCGGCCGUCGCUCCGAACCUUCCGACCAAAGGGUACCCUGUGUACGGCCUGAGCAUCUCGCCCAACGACGCCCAAAUCUCGUGCACGUACAUUGUGCCGCCGGCCGCGCGCCCGUGCCGAACGACCCAAGCGGACACGACGUACAGUCGCGUGAGCGGCGGCCUCGAGCACUUUGCGGCGCCGCUCGCCAAGGACGCGCCGACGCUGGCCGAGACGCUGCGGGUUGCGCUCGCUGCAACGCCGGCGCGCCUCGACUCGCUCUUUGACGUGCUCGCGCUCUGCUACCACGACUUGGUCGCGUGCACGGCCAAGGAAUCCGAGCUGCGGUCGCUUCACGCUGACACGAGCGGCGUCCGGCCCAUGUAUCGUCCGGUCGCCGACGCGCUCGCGUCGCAGUACAUUCAGCUCGACCACAGUGCCGCGUGGGCGGCCCCAACCUUUCUGCAAGCCGCGUACCAGAUCUGGAGCACGGUGCCACCGUCGACCAAAGAGUGCCCGGCGUGGGUAUUGCCUGCGAUUCUGGCGCACGUGGCCGAACGACAGGUGCUCGCGGCGUCGACAGCUGCGUCGCUCAACCCAACCACGCACGUCGCGGCCCUUCUCAUGGCCGACUACCUCUGGCAUCUCUCGACGCGCAAAAUGGAUACCGCGCCUGUCUCUUUUGCGCUCAAGCCCAACACACGCACGGCUCUGCGGCAACUCUACUCUGCGUACGGCACGGCGGCCGACGUGGCACGUCUGGACACCGGAGCGGGCGAGCUGCCUGUCCGCGAAGCCUGCGAGUUGUGUGCGGGACCUGUGCCGCUCACUGCGUCGAUCUUGGAGCCGGUGUGCGCCAAGGGCCAUGCCGCCGAGCGCAGUUUUCUGAGCUUCCGACUCGUCGCGACCGCGUCCGUGUGGAAAUGCACCUUGUGCGGCAGCUUUGCCAACGUCGAGACGUCACCGACGUUCUACUCGACGCAUUCGGGCGCCGACCCGCUGCACUGCACGGUCUGCGGUAGCUACUGCCACCUGCUUACCUAUUGAGUAAUGCGAUUACAUUGAGUCUGGAAACGUAAG